GCCUCCAUCGCUCGCUCGCUCGCUCGCUUCUAGGACGUCGUCAAGAAACUCGCGGGGCAAGAUGGGAGAAGAGUGCAAGGGCGCGGGGGCGGACGUGAACGCCGGCGUCGACCCGGCGGCGAUCGAGAAGCUGUACGAGGACGUGCCGCCGAUGCCGCUGAUGGCGCUGAACCACAUCUCGCGCCUCUGCAAGUCCGUCGACGCCUCCGUCCGGUUCUACGUCAAGGCGCUCGGCUUCGUCCUCAUCCACCGCCCUCCCGCGCUCGACUUCUCCGGCGCCUGGCUGUUCAACUACGGCAUCGGGAUCCAUCUCGUCCAGAGAGACGACGCGCGACGGGCCGCCGACGUCAACCCCGGCGAGCUCGACCCCAUGGACAACCACAUCUCGUUCCAGUGCGAGGACAUGGGCGCGAUGGAGAGGAGGCUGAAAGAGAUGGGGAUCAGGUACGUGAAGAGGACUAUCAACGAGGAGGAGGGUUCGCCGAUCGACCAGCUCUUCUUCAAGGACCCCGAUGGCUUCAUGAUCGAGAUCUGCAACUGCGAGAACCUCGAGCUCGUCCCCGCCGGCGCGCUCGGCCGCCUCAGGCUGCCGCGCGACCGCCACAACCCGCCGCUCCGGAUGGACGGCGCCGACGAGUAGCACCAAGCCAGACGUAGCACGGGGCUUGCGCGCGCGUGCGUAGCUAAGCAAGUUAGCUAGUGGUAGUGGUGUAACGAACUGCUGUUGCGUUUAAAUUUUGGCUAGUGCCAAGUUUCUCUUUAC